CUCUAAACUCUUUCUCUCUCUGUAACCUUCUUUGCAUUUUCAGUCUUUUCUUUCUCUCUCUAAACACACACACACUCUCUCUCUAACUUUCUGUCUUCUCGUCUUCAUAUAUCUCCUCAAGAUCUUCGGUUUCAGUAGAUAGAGAACACAAGAUAGGGGAAAUCAGAGAGGGAAAAGGGGGAUCACAUUUACAUCAGGAGUAUUUAGGGUUUGGAUAGGCUUAGUUGCUGCGAGACAGAGAGAGAGAUAGGGAUUUAGGGUUUUUCUAGUUUUUCAAUUGCCUAUUAGGCUCAACAGGAAAGAGAUUGAGAGUAAAAGAGUGGUUUUUAGCGUUUGCUUUGGUUCGUCUGCAGAGAGAGGAAGAGAUAGGGAUUUGAGGUUUAUCUGGUUACGGACGCUUGUGAUAAUUGUGUGACAACUCGACCUAGGGUUUGAUGCUCAGGCUUUGAGGAAUGGCUCUACAGGGGCAGAGAAUGGACCCUGCAAUUCUAGAUGAUAUAAUCAACAGGCUCUUAGAGGUUAGAGGAGCUCGUCCUGGAAAGCAGGUCCAGCUCUCUGAGUCAGAGAUCAGGCAACUCGCCAUGACGUCUAGAGAGAUCUUUCUGCAACAACCUACGCUCUUGGAGCUUGAAGCUCCUAUCAAGAUUUGUGGUGACGUACAUGGUCAAUACUCUGAUCUACUUAGGCUAUUUGAAUAUGGGGGUUUGCCACCAAAGGCAAACUACUUAUUUCUAGGGGACUAUGUAGACAGGGGCAAGCAAAGUCUGGAAACAAUAUGCCUCCUUCUUGCAUACAAAAUUAAGUAUCCCGAGAAUUUUUUCCUCUUGAGAGGCAAUCAUGAAUGUGCCUCUAUAAAUCGGAUAUAUGGGUUUUAUGAUGAAUGCAAACGCCGCUUCAAUGUCAGAUUAUGGAAGGUCUUUACUGAUUGUUUUAACUGCCUGCCAGUAGCUGCGCUUAUAGACGAAAAGAUACUAUGCAUGCAUGGUGGCCUUUCACCAGAUUUGUCUAACUUGGAUCAGAUUAAGAGCGUAACUCGUCCAACAGAUGUUCCGGACGCUGGUUUGCUUUGUGAUUUGCUUUGGUCGGACCCUGGUAAAGAUAAUGGGUGGGGUAUGAAUGAUAGAGGUGUUUCUUACACCUUUGGGCCUGAUAAAGUGUCAGAGUUUCUUCAAAAGCAUGAUUUGGAUCUUAUCUGUCGUGCUCAUCAGGUUGUUGAGGAUGGAUAUGAAUUCUUUGCUGAUAGACAACUUGUUACAAUAUUCUCGGCGCCCAAUUACUGUGGCGAAUUUGAUAAUGCAGGUGCACUGAUGAGUGUUGAUGAAACGUUGAUGUGCUCUUUUCAAAUUUUGAAGCCUGCAGAGAGAAAACCAAAAUUAAUGGGAGCAACUAGGAUGUAAUGGCAGUUAAGCCUGAUAUGACCUCCUUUGGCAUCAAGGUAUUGCGCCUUUCUUUCAUGGU